AUGAACAUUGAAAGGACGUGCAUGAGAUUAGAAGAUUUACACGCUAAGCUGUUGCGGCACAAGCGUAAGGAAGUAGAGACCAUGGUUAAACUUGGAAUACUGGCGUCAAGCGUCAAAAAUAGUGAGUAUGAAUCGAAUCCCACUUUGCUGUUUCAGUCUGAGUUAAGAAGCUCGAGCACGCUGCACCAGUCCCAUGGGACCCGGGACCUAGAGAAGCCUGCGCAGCGGAGAAGGUACGUGGCCGUCCUUGACACAAGCAACGCUUUCCACGUAAUAAACAUAAUUGCACCGAAAGGUUGUGAAAACGUUGAUCCAGAGCUUCGCAGCUUUUCACGAGUGGACAUGGAUCAUCACAUCCAUAAGAACAAGCCAGUGAGGGACGGAAGAAAAGGGAAGAAGGACCGCUACAGCUCCGGCGCUGCUAUGACCCACAGCGCGUUUAUAUAG